AUGGCCGCUACCGACGACGAGGUGAAAGGCACAUUAUCGCUUAUUGAGAGCGAGAGGUUACCCCAUCCAUCGGGUCCACUUCUUGAAUUAUUUGUUUCUGAGGCUCUUCACCCCGUCUUAGCCGCACGUUGUGUGAAGUAUAGAUUGCUAGCUGGCGAGGCAUCUUCAUUAGUGGACGACUGGUCUUACAUCAUUGAGUCUAUUACCCAAAAUGGCCAUCCUCCACCACGGCCUCAUAUCACCCAGCAGCACCUGAUCACGAAACGAGACGGCGGCAAGUGUUGUAUCACUGGGAAGGUUGGCACUUGGCGUGAUCCCCUUAUCAUCGCACCUAUUCUUCCGGUCCCAUCUGGCUGGGAUACAGACAAGGCUAACAUAAAUGAUAUGCUCGGUGCUUUCUUCGGACCGCCUUAUCGGGAUUGGUGGCUAUCUUAUGUUAGAAAUCCUGGAGGCAGAAUGCCUGAAUCCAAUCACUGGCUGGUCCGAAAGUCUGCAGCAAAGGCAUAUGCUUCAGGGCUUGUCAAGUUAGACAGGCUACAACCAUCAAUGGUUGAGUACCAUCUGAAGCAAGUCGCCAUUGGACUGGAGGAGCCGAUCGAAGUUGACGGUAACUAUCCAUUGUUAGGUGAUCACUCACGAUCGGGCCUCACUAAGGUCGACCCUCGCUUCGUCGGCUCCCAGGCUCGACUAUGCAAAAGCAUCCAAUUCCUCAACCUUGCCAGGACAUUUUCAUCGGAAAUUCUGCCCCAACCAUCGAAACCAUUAAUUGAUCUUCCAGCACGGUACCCAAAUAUUGCGCCGCAAAAUCAUUGGGGUCUUUCGAGUUUGUGCACGAGCGCUUUCCUCAGACUUUGGCUUUUGGUCCCCGCAAGAGUCAGGAUGGUUUGUUAUAAGACGUUACGAAAGCUUGGAAAGCAUCUUUAUGGGGAGCCCGAUGACUACAGUACCGUCCAGAGAUUGCCAUUUGGGCUAUACCUGAAGUACAAUGGAGAAGCUGGCGAAGCCCGUAACGAGUUCAACGCCUUAGGGAUAGUUCGUCGACACACUUCAAUCCCAGUUCCAAAGGCAAUCGACAUAGUUUUCAAGCAAGGAGAUUUAAAUGACCCGUUCUUCUUUCCUGGGGCAUAUGUGCUUAUGUCGAAACUCCCUGGUUUACCGGUAGCACACUGUCAAAACAUUCUUUCGGAAAAAGAUAUGGAACGAAUUUCAAAUCAAUUGAAGGGCUACGUAGCCCAACUGAGAGACAUUCCUCGAUCGGUCACAUCGGACAAACUAGACGUGGCCAUGAUAUGCAACACCCUUGGGGAGGCAUGCAGGGACUCCCGUAUCCGGGGCGCACAACCUUUUGGACCAUUCGAGGAUGAGGCAGCAUUUAGUCAGUUGCUGCGGUUUCCAGACGACCCUGCUCGCCGUGGGCACAAAAUCGUGUUCACGCAUGCGGAUCUCAACCCACGCAAUAUCUUGAUUGAUCGGACUGCACAACCGGAUGGAAGCAUCGGUUGGGGCGUGACAGGGAUUAUAGAUUGGGAAUUCGCGGGGUAUUAUCCUGAAUACUGGGAAUACACAAAGGCAAUGUUUGAGGGGUUCAGAUGGUCGCUACGGUAUAAUAAUAUGGUGCAUGGUGUGUUUAGGGAGUUUAAGGAUUAUUCUGCGGAGUUUGAUGUUGAGAAAAGAAGCUGGGAGUCAGGGGAUGCCGUUUAG